AUCAAUUUAACAAUUAAAGAACAAAAAUUUCAGGAACUUCAAGGAAGGCUCAAGAUGGGUAUCAUCAUUUCUUUCCAACAUAUGCAGCAGUUACUACAGCAACAGACUCAAGCUAAUACGGAACUAGAAGGAGAAUUGAAGGUGCUAAGAGAAAAUAAUCAGACCCUUGAAAGAGAUAAUGAGCUGCAAAGGGAGAAGGUAAAAGAAAAUGAAGAAAAGUUCCUUAAUCUUCAAAAUGAGCAUGAGGAAGCACUAGGAACUUGGAAAAAGCAUGUUGAAGAACUAAAUGGAGAAAUUAAUGAGAUUAAAAAUGAGUUAUCAUCACUUAAAGAAACUCAUAUUAAGUUACAAGAACAUUACAAUGAAUUAUGUGAUCUGAAAAAGUCAGAGGAAGACAAGAAGUUUCAGAAUCUUCCAGAAGUAAAUACUGAAAACAGUGAAAUGUCAACGGGAAAAUCACAAAACACCAUCAUACAGAAAUAUAACUCUGGGCAAGAAAUAAGGGAAGAAAAUACUGUGAGUUUUUGUUUAGAUACUGAGUACAGAAAAAAGGAGAGAAACAACGAUGUCUCACUUAGAGAAGAAGUCAUUAUAGAAGAUUUACAGCUUUCUGAAAAAAUAUCCAAGAAUGAAAUUGAUACUACUGUACCUCAAGAUGAAAAUCAAAGUGAAAUCUCCCUAAACAAACCUUUGUGCAUGGAAAAAGAAUUAAUUAGUCAAGAACAAACCUUGAAUGUUACUGAAUUUAGAAAAGCAGUUACUACAGAAGUAAAAGACAAGGUGGGCAUGGAAAAAGACAAUGGAUAUACGGAAUUUAAAUCACCAAAUAAUUCCUUUUUAGUGGCAGAUAUAUCAAUAGAAACAGAGAAGACACGCCUAGAAAGAAUUGAGGGAUUAGAUCUCUACCAUGCAGAUGCACAUUUAGAAGAUGGAAGUAACAGAACAUCAUUUAACAGUAUCUUAAAUGAGAUGGCUCACAAUACAAAUCAUAAAACAAGUAUUUCUGAAGAUGAACCAUUCAAACAACAAUUCAGGUUGCUUCCAGGGACUCAAGAAAAUGCCACAGGGAAGGAAAUUACAAAUAGUGACCAAACCAAAGCCGAUUUGGUUUCAUCUCUAGAUGUAGAAAAGAAUCCUGUUCAGUGUCAGAAAUACAGUUUACACAAUUCAAGUAAUGUUAUCUUAGAUGAUAAACAGUGUAAAAUAAAACAAGUACAACUGUUAAAUAAAAACAGUGAGUGCAGCACGUUGCCAUUUAAACAAAUUUUGGAUGUUCAGCAAGUCUGUAAUGAUAUUUCAGAGAAGCCUGAGCUAACUGUUCACUGUGAUGUAGCAGUCAACCGCCCUACUUCAUCUACUGUUGUCAGUGAUGAUUUGAAAGUACUUACGAAUUCAGAUGAAAAUGUUAGUAUUAUGCCUGUGUUGGUGAAACCCAACUCAAGCCCUGGGGAAAGAGCCAUGUAUAAAAAUCUGGAUGAUAAACAAAACAGUCAAUUUAAGAACUGUCUGGGAUGUUUAGAAAACAAUGUGAACAUUUCCCAUCUUCGGGUUAACAAUGAGAACAUACGUGCUUCACAAGCCAAAGAUACGAAAACUGCUGUUCACAUGAAAACUUUCACAGAAGUACAGUUUUACAAUACAGAGAGUAAGACUGAUGAGAAUCAGAUAACUGAAGCUGCAGAAAAGGACCUCUUCCUUUUUGUGGACGUUAAUGAAAGACAGCAUACAUUGUUAAAUAAUACAGAGAAAACAGAGUCAUUAAGUGACAUUGUUUCAGGAAAAAUUUACAGUGAAGGACAGCUGGAAGAAUCAUGUGCACUUCACAUAAAGCCAUCUGGAGAUUUAGUAAACAGAAGUGGAAGGUCAGCCUUUGAUCUUUCAACUUCAGAUAAAAAAACUGAGAAAACUCCAGUAUAUGUGAAUGUUUUAGAACCUAGUCCUUGGUCAAAAGUAAAUCAAAUUGAAAGUCAAACAGUGAGCACUUCAACUUGUAGCAUUCCUUUGUUGCUGAAAGAGAGACCAACAGGUCCAUCAGAAAACAUAAAGAUUGUUUCAAUGACACUUUGUAAAAAUAUUGGUGUGGAUGAAAUCAGGAAGGAUAUUGGACCAGAUACUACCAGCAUUAACAGAGUUGCUGACACUUUGAAUAACUCGACUAUCCAUCCAGAUCCCAAGGGAGAGCCCAGUGAAGAGAGGAAUGCAAUUGCAAAAACUUUUUAUGAUUCUUCUUUUCCCACAGAACAUGUGAAAGCAAAGCCUCUGAAAUCAAAUCUACAAAGCCACUUUCAGGUAAUCAAGAUUAAAGACACUAAGGAUUUAACUGUGUCUUUUACUUGUGAAGAUGACUGGCAGAGCCUGGUAACAAAUCAAACAAACAAAAUCGAAAAGUUUCUAACCUUAGAAAAUGACAACCAACCAAAAAAAAGAAAAGCAGAAGAGAUGUUGGAAAAAACAACAGAUUAAAAUAAUGCUUUCAGUGGUGAACCGAAAUACCGAUGUGGUUUUGACUAUAGCAAGAUGAUUGUUACAUCUAAAGCUUUACAGAUGUACUCACUUUUCCAAUUUUUUCUGAUGUGAUGAAAUUAUAUUACUGUUUUUGCUCAGCAAAUGUUUCAUUUAAGAUAGCUAAGGCUGUUAGCAUUCAAUUCCCCUUUGUCUU